UCUUUAAACGCUGUUCUGCGCAAUCCUUCACCAAGAAAAAUGGUUAGGGAAGACAAGGCAACAUGGAAGACAAAUUAUUUUAUGAGGCUAAUUGUAAGUUUCAAUAACUGCUACCUGUACAAUUACACUGUUUAAUUACAACUAUACAGAAUGAUUUGAGAAAAUAAAGCAGCUAAUGCACCCAUCACAGUUUUGAAAAUUGUAUUGGUUAUGAUUACACCAUUCAGGGAGUUCAUAGAAAUUUGUCUUGGUUAUAAAACAUAGACUUUGAAUGUGUCAAAGAAUGUUAGAAUGCAGGAUGUAAAGAAAACUCUAAUUCAUGUCCAUGUUUUGUAAUUUUUGACUCAAUUGAUUUUCAAACAUUUUGCCUCAGAAAAUUGCUUUCUGUAAUGGUAAGAAAUUACCUACAGGACCACACUAGUUUGUGGUUAAUGUUGCUUUCUUUUACUUUUCAAGAGGUAAAUUUAAUUUUGCAUGGGAAGUAAGUGAAAAACUGGUGUGAAGCCCCUAUAUAGGAAAAGACUUAAACAGCUUGCUUAAUAAUUUUGAAUGUACUUUUCUCAACAGCAAUACAUGGAUGAAUUUCCUAAGAUGUUUCUGGUUGGUGUGGACAAUGUAGGGUCCAAACAGAUGCAGCAGAUCCGUCAGUCUCUGCGUGGUAGAGCUGAAAUUCUCAUGGGCAAGAACACCAUGAUAAGGAAGGCCAUCCGGGGACACUUGGAAAACAAUCCUGCGUUGGAAAAGUAAGAGCAACAUGGGAUAGUCCCCUCAAAGCAGGUCACAAGUUCUCUGAGGAACGAUGUAUUUUGUUUCUCUCCUUGGGUUUCUUGAAAAGUUAGACAAGCACAGGGGGUACAUCUUAAGUAAGACUCCGUUAAACUGAUUUUAACAGUAAUAUGACAUUUCACAUGGCUGGUUUGCAUCCUUUUAAACCUUCAUGAAUCUUAUUUUAAAGCAUACCAAGUUGUUUUGAUAAGCCAUUUUCACAAGCUACAGUGUUGAUCUUUCAAAAAUAGUAUGAAAAUUUCUGUUGCAUUUUCCCAGAUUAUGAUGGUGAUCAUACUACUGUGAUAUUAACAUUCUGUUGCAUUUGUGCCAUGUAGGUUGAUCCCUCACAUCAAAGGCAAUGUAGGCUUUGUCUUCACCAAGGAAGAGCUCACAGAUGUGCGAGAUCUUAUCCUGGCAAACAAAGUGGCAGCCCCAGCUAAAGCUGGUGCAAUUGCCCCUCUGGAUGUGUUUGUUCCAAAGGGAAACACUGGCCUGGGUCCUGAGAAGACAUCAUUUUUCCAGGCGUUGGCCAUUCCAACCAAGAUUGCCAGAGGAACCAUUGAAAUCUUAGUCAGUGAUCUCUGUUUGUUUUGUUAUUUUUAUUAAUAUUGUGAAGACCAUCCAGUGGAUUAGAGCAAAAACAUCUUUCUCAAAAGGCUCAAGGACCACUAAGAGAGUCCUGUGUGACAUCCAAACAACAAAAAUCCCACUUUCGUUGAAUUUUAGACUUGCAUCCUUUUAUAUGUUCCUUUUUUAUUAUUAUUAUUAUUAUUCUCUUUGUAAAUAUUGACUUUUUGACUAUUUAUUGUUCAAAAGUAUUUGAAAUUUUGAAUUCUAAAUUGUUGCUUUUUAUACUGAUGAUUUUAUCAGUGAACCCUUAUUUUGUUUUAGCUGUGCAGGUUCGUUGGAGUUAACAUUUAUUCCUGUACAUAAAGCACAAUUUGUUUUUGUUCUAUAUCCAUCUGUAAAUAAUAUUAUUAUUAUUAUUAUUAUUAUUAUUAUUAUUAUUAUUAUUAUUAUUAUUAUUAUCAUUAUCAUUAUUAGGGUAUUUAUUUUUUUUUUUUUAGAGUUAACUCUCUUCCUCUUAAUCCUGCACCUGUUGAUAGCAUGUACUCUCUUUCAUUAUAGUUUCAGAACCCAAAUUGAGCUGUAGGUUCAUGCAUUGAUACACUAGGCAUGAACAUUCCAAUUUUUUUGUUUGUUAAACUCUUUCAUUCCAAAACUUACAUUGGGUCAUGUAUCAAGGAUCGAAAUAUUUUCCAUUUUAAGAGAAGUGGAAGGUAUUGGUUUGCUCUAACACUGAAAUGUUUCUGCUGUCUGUUAUGUUUAGAAUGAUGUACAUCUGAUCAAGAAGAGUGAAAAAGUGGGAGCAUCAGAGUCCACCCUGUUGAACAUGUUGAAGAUCUCUCCAUUCUCGUAUGGUCUUGUCAUCCAGCAAGGUAGGGGUACAAUUUAUAUAUAAAGACUUCUUAGUUAAUCCUCAGAUUUCCAAGUACACUACAAUUAUACAAAUGAAACUUAGAAACUAUGUGAGAGCCUUUGUGAACUUCCCUAAACACAUACAAAAAGAAAUCUCAUCUUUGUUGCGUGCUUCACGUUCAAUAAUCUGUCUCAAAAGAGAUAUUUAACAAGUAAUAUUAAUAUUUCAGAAAACAUUAUACAUUUUUAACAGUCAUGCAUGGUUGAUUUCUUCAAUAGCGAGUGCUCCAAUCUGGCAGCCUUAAAAAAUAAAUUUAUGUGCAAAUGAUGCAAUGGACACGAUAAUAUACUACGAGUUAUUUCAAUGGAAAGGUGUGUUGUUGAGUAGUCAUCAAUGGCUGCUUUAGCCGAAACUUCCCACUAGUCUGCAUCUCUAAGCAUGUUGCUUUCACCUUUUGGUUGAUAAAAUAUUGAAUUACUAUCCAAAGAAAUAUUUGUGAAGCAGCCAGUUCCCAUUUUUGAGAAGAGUAGAAUAAGUUAUUACUCAUUAACAGCUCUUUUUGCAUUGACUUGUGAUGUUAUUUAUGAUUUUUUUUUUCCAGUGUAUGAAAGUGGAGCUUGUUUCUCACCUGAUGUGCUGGAUAUUACUUCUGAAGAUAUCUUGUCUCGUUUUGUUGAGGUAUGUUCCACCAGCAGAUCAGAAAAAGAUGUCACACAAGUCACACAUAUAAUGGUUUAAAAUUUAUGAGAUUUAAAAAUGAUUUUUUGUAAAUCAAAAUUUUAUUACUUUUCAGGGUAUUGUGAAUGUUGCAUCAGUUUCACUUGAAAUUGGCUACCCAACAGUAGCAUCUGUUCCACAUUCAAUCAUCAAUGGCUUCAAGGUAAGUUUUCUACAAAAUUGAUGAAUCAUGAGCCAGUUUAUCACAGGUGAUCAAUGACACCCUAAUGGUGCAGGAUCCAAGCUGCAGCUCUCCUGAUUGGUGUUGCAAUAGGCAGAAAGGGGGACUUUUAAAGAAAGCUGAGCUUGGAACCCUCAUUAGAAUCAUUGAGAAAAAUCCAAUAAAGAGUUGAACAGAGAGCAGAGGGUUUUAAAGUAGUUUUCUUCUGGCUCAACCUAUGACAGUGAUCAGGUGUAAUGUAAUUUAUUAUGAUCAUUCAUUUUAAUAUUGUAUUAACACCAAUUUGAGUCAGUUGAUUAAACUUCAUAAACCAAAAGGAUAUUCUGAAAACUGCAUUAUCAUGUUUGUUUUCUUCCUUGUUUUCCCCCUCAGAAUAUUGCUGCUGUUGCUGUGGAAACUGAGAUCACAUUCCCACAAGUUGAGCAGGUAAAAAUUUCUAGAACUCUGUGAUUUCAAAAUAAAUGUGCACAACUGUUUUUGGUCGUUAUUCAGCCUUAAUAUUUUUGUGCAAGUGCAAAUUAUCCUUGUCCAAGGUUGCAGGGUUGUAGCCUUAAAUUCAGUUUAGUUGCUGAAUUUAUUCAAUUGUGGCCUUUUAAUCAAAAUUGUAUUUCAUAUGUCACUUAGUAAAGGCAAAUUAUUUGUAAAUAUUAUAAGAUAUAAAUUUCUUCUAGUAUUUUGCAUUUUUUGUUGAUUUCUUAUUGAUUUUUAAGAAGUUUAUACACAACCACAGUGUACAGUUUGGGAUGUUUUAUUUUCUUAUAUUCCUAAGAAAAUGCUGCAUUGGUGUUGCAUUUAUUUAAGUGUGAGGGAAUUACAGUUAGUUUUGCAGCAUUUGACUGAGGGCAGCAUUUUUCCAAGGGUGGCAUGAGCAAAGACGGUAUUUAUUUUGGUUUGUUUUUGUUUAGCUCAAAGCUUUCCUGGAGAAUCCAGAAGCAUUUGCAUCUUUGGCACCUGCCGCGGAUGCAGCUGCUGCUGCUGCUCCUGCUGAGGAGGCCAAAGAGGAGAAGAAAGAGGAAGAAGAAGAAGAAGAAAGUGAUGAUGACAUGGGAUUCGGACUGUUUGACUAA